CGCAAACCAUACAAAGUAUACCACAAAUGAACAACUAAUCCAUACUUUCAUUGAUAACUUUCUGCGGCAGUAAUCAAACGCCACUACAAGACAUCACCACAAAUGGAUCCCAAGAGCGUACCCACUGUUAAGCUGAACAACGGACUGGACAUACCUAUCAUAGGGUUGGGCACCUGGCAGGCGCCUCCCGACGGCUCCCUAUACCGGUCCGUGCGUACGGCCAUCACCGACGGGUACCGACACUUCGACUGCGCCCUCAUCUACGAGAACGAGGAGGAGACGGGACGGGCUAUCAAUGAUGCCAUCAAAGAGGGACAGGUAAAACGGGAGGACCUGUACAUCGUGUCGAAGGUAUGGCUCACGUACUACACCCGCGAGAGGGCCCAGGAGUGUGUCCGCAAGAUAUUGGCUAAGUUUCAGACCCCAUAUCUGGACCUAUGUCUGGUCCACUGGCCCAUGAGCUUCAAGCAGGUGGACGACACCCUGUGGCCUACCGGUGCCGACGGGAAGGUUAUCGGCGGUAAUAUAGACUACAUUGAGUGCUACAAAGGACUGGAGGACGCGCUGAAGGCCGGGCUCGUCAAGAGCAUCGGUAUCUCGAACUUCACGUCCGAACAGGUGGAACGCCUACUCCAGGCUACCAGUGUUGUGCCGGUUACUAAUCAG